AUGUCUUCAAUCCCUGAUGAUGCUUUCGAAACGAUGCAUCAUUUAACCAGUUUGACUUUGGACGGUAACAAACUGUCAGUGGUUCCGAAAGCACUAUCAGGAAUUACUACACUGCAGUCGUUAGACAUAAGUAAUUGCUUUAUAUCAGACAUUACAUGGCUUCCUAAGUCAAGUUUGCUAACUUCUUUAUCAUUAGGGGGAAACAAGCUGUCAAAUGCCACACAUGUUAGUAAUGCACUGCUUCCUUAUGCCAAAUCGUUGAGUGAAGUUGACUUUCAUGAUAACCAACUGACCUCUAUACCAGAUUUACAUUUCUUAGCUGUAGGUUACUCCUUAAACUUGGCUGGUAACUUGUUGAGCAAUAUAAAAACCACCACAUUCCCAACGAAACUCGAUGAAAUUGAUUUGACAUCUAACUUGUUUUCUUUUAUCCCCAGUUUUAUGUCCACAUUGCUCUUUGUGUCCACUUUAUCCAUGUCAUCGAAUCACGUCACGGCCCUUCGCUCUACUGAUUUCAUUUCAAAUAUUCUCUACAUCCAACUUGAUAGAAAUCUCAUUACAGAGCUAGCCGACACAAGCUUUCCAGAUAAUUGCAGUAUCAUUUCUUUGGUUCUUGAUUACAAUCCCCUAACUGCAAUUUCACCUUCUGCGUUCAAAAGUUUAAUAAACCUGACCUACAUGAGCUUACAAAACAGCCAUCUGACUCGGCUACCGCUGGCUUUGGCUUCCCUCAAGAAACUGAACACGUUUGAUAUCUCUGGCAGUCAAUACCUGGUCUGUACGUGCAUGGAAAAAGACCUUGCACAUUGGGUUGUAUCCACGAUGUCUGAAUACUCUGUAAAUGGGAAUUGUGGUAAUACCAGCAUUUACGAUUUCUUUAAGUUUUUAAGUCCUGGUUGUCCAGUUCCGUAA